AUGGCCAGCUCUGAAGCCGGGGUCCCACGCUGCGUGUCUGUCAACUCAUUUGGCUUUGGGGGCACUAAUGCGCAUGCGAUUCUUGAGAGCUAUGAGGAAGGGAUAACUGCCGCAGACAAGCCCGUUGAACUGUCGCCUAAAUCUCCAAUCCCUGUCAUGCUGCCAUUUGUCUUCUCUGCAUCUUCUGUGCGAGCGCUUGCUGCCAUUCUAGAACAGUACAGUCAAUAUCUCGAGGACAAUCCCAAUGUCGACCUGGUGGAUACGGCAUGGACGUUACUACAGCGACCUUCAUUCUUGACGCACCGUAUCGCCAUAUUGGCAACUACAAUAGAUCUCCUAAUUACUAGAAUCCGCGAAGAGCUGGCCCUCCUCAAGACCAAAAAUCCGUCGUCCAUCGUAAGCUCCCUGCUACCUACCGAUGGGACGAAGCGCAUCUUGGGGGUUUCUACAGGCCAAGGCGCACAGUGGCCGCAGAUGGGUUUGGACCUUAUUACUCACUGCCCAGAGGCCACGAUCUGGUUGGACGUAGCGGGAAGAUCACUCACUGAGCUCCCUGUUGCGCUCCGACCAAGCUCCGACCAAGCUUUUCCCUUCAAGAAGAGCUGGCUGCACUCAGACUCACUCCAAGCUGCAUGA